AUGUACUCCAAAAAAUCAGCCUUGAUACGGGUGCCGGCUUCAACUCUUGCGUUGUUCACCUUGGUGAUUCUGAGCACAAGCCCGCCUGUCUUUUCAAAAUCAACUUCUGAGAAGUCUGCAUCCCCAUCUGCGGCAGCGAAGUCUGCAUCCUCAUUCGAAUCGGAUCCAUGCGGUGUCAACACUGCCAACUUCAGUCUCACCCCAGAACUGUGGAAUUCAGCUGGAAUGGACGAAUACAUUGCAAAGCAUCCGCUCACUCAGAAUUCAACCAUCUCGCAAUUUGCAGCCUCACUAGGAAUGCCUAAUUUCUUCUGCGGCAUCGGUUCAGAAUGUGGGGCUGGUCAACUUUGUUAUCCGGCAAUUGGGAAGGAUUACCUUAUUUUGUAUGCAGUUCAGCAAUGGAAUAAUUUUAUGAAUGAGCUCUAUAGGGUGGUUGCCAGUAUCACCAUGAUGUUGUCAGAUACAUCCGCUGUCAUUGUUACUGAUUUUAUUCCACUCGGGCUCCCGCCUGAUAAAUCUAUAUUCGGCUGGGGAAUUGCGACUAUUGUAUUUGCAAGCCUUGCGAUGUUUACGGGACCAUUGGUUGCUUGUCUUGCACCAGCCCAAGCAAUUCCUAAAGUUGUAUCAGCUGCAAAGACUGCAGAAGGUGCCAUAAAGGCCGCUAAUGGUGCAAAAUCGGUCGAUGAGGCUGCACGUGCGAGUGACAUGGCGGACGGUGCAGAAAUGGCGAAAAUGAUUGACAAGGCUAAGGUCCCGGCUGUUUAUCCACAUGUCCCAAUCCCCGAGCAUUUAGAGACCCAAUACAAAGGUGUUCUGUUCCGCGGCAAGCCCUCGACUACCGAGACAAAUCAUCUAGCGGCACGCUCUCUUGAUCACAAAAGGUCGCACCGUUUACAAAAGAGAGGGCCACCCAAUGUCUUAGCAUACAGUAGGUGGAGUUUCCUGGACAUUCACUUAGGAAGGCUGCGCACCAAGAUACAAGACUUUAUUUCGAUCACCGUCAAGACUGCACUGGCAACUCCGAUUUAUAGUGAUGCUGGCCUUGCACCAAUCCUAAUGCAAGGUGCAUUCCUUGCCCAAAAUCCUUCCUGGGAGACCAUGACCGCAGAUAACACAAAACUUGCAAAUAUUGUCCUUCUUUCAAAUUUUUUCAAAGGCCUUGGAUUUGUGGCCACAAUUGGUCAGGAUCCAUGUCACUUCGAGGGUCCGGCCGGUGCCUGGGGUGGAGACAAUGUUCUUUCUCACUGUGAUGAGCAGGGAGUGAUGAGAAGCAUAGUUAUGACUGAUGGUGAUAAUUUUGAUCACAGAAUUAGGAAUGCAAAUCUGAUAUCUCAAAAGUACAAGUAUAACGUGUAUGACCUGGUUACACAAGCAGCUGAGUGUCAAGCUAAAUUUGGUCUUGAGGCUGAAACUAAGGCACCUACCCCAGUCAAGGAGAAUUCUCUCUGUGCUUUCCAAUUGCCUGUUUGUGACAUGUCAACUCCUGAGAUGAAACGGCGAUUGGCUGAAAAACAUGUUAAGGAGAAAUACAAGGCCAAGGCAUGUCGGGAAGAAUACAAGCUUCCUAUCUAG